AUGGUCCCAAUCUACCAAGUGGUGGCGAACCUGUUCGCACUGGUGAUCCUCUACGAGCUGUACACCAUCGCGUCGGUGUUGUACGCCGUUUGGAAGUCGUCGUGGAUCUUCCCAAAGGGCAUCGACGAUCAGGGGACCAUCUUCUUCUCAUCGCUCUUCAUGGUGCUCUGGUAUCAAUCGUCGUUCAGCCAGAUUCUGAUGGCCGUCAAUAGGCUGUGCGUGAUGUGCUUCUCCCGUUGGACCAUCUUCACCCGCCGCAGCACCACCGUCAUCACGCUGGGCAUCUACCCGGUGGCCCUCAUCCUGGCCGCGUUGUCCCAGUACAUCCUGCCCUGCUGUCGUCUCGACAUCAUACCGAACUUUUUGAGCCGCACAAAUUGUUGUGUAUUUAUUCUGGAAACGGAGUCUAGGAGCGGAUCAAAAAUCCCCGAAUAUUCGAGUACCGUUUUCCCAUUCCCACCG